CUUUCCUUCAAGUUCCCACCACGAGCCUCCCUGCCCUCCCGUGCUUCAAUCCCCAUUCAAAACUCUUUUCGUUCCUCGCAAAUAACUAUCUAAGGAAAAUCGUGGUACCCAUGCUCUUGAAACAAAAUCUCCACGGGCUGGAUGAAGCUUCAUGCAUUCAUGUCUUAUCUCGGUACUUAUUGUUUCUCUCAUAGGCGUAUACACUAGCAUCAAUGAUCCCGGUGAUGCGCCAUAAGCUUGUCAUUGUCUUUCGCUUUGAUUUGCUAUGGCAGUAAAUUUUGACUCAUCUUACAAUAAUGCCAGCCUUUCCUCGAUCGUCCUAGUCAUGUUUUCCCUGGUUCGCCUAUCAUUCUUGCCACCGGAGUGCUUGAAAUAAAAGCUCGACGUCAAUUAACUUAUGCCUCACAACCCUAACACGAUCCCCUUCCUAGUCCGCGAUUUAUCAUGCGCUAUACUACAAAUCCCACGCUCGACCUUGAGACGCACAGGCCAUCGUUCGACCGCAUUAUCUCACACCUUUUUACUCUUCACAAAACUUGGCCUAUGACUGAUCAGAUACAACGGCUGAUAGAAGAAGACAUCCGAGCACUCUUCACCGAGUUAGUCGAAUGGCUACACGAACUUGGGUGGUUUUUGACCAGCGGCGAUGCUAAUCUCGGUAUCAUUGCCUGCUGUCUUGACGCCUGCUCCGACGCGCUGCAAGCGGCGGAAAGCGCCGUUCCUGAACCAACAUUUAACCGCUUGUGCAAACGGCCUUUAACCGUGAAAUCAUUCGGACAACCGGGCGUUAUCGUUUACAAUGCCACGGCAGACCUGGACGACCACAUGGUGUGGUUUUGGCGAGAGCUCCUUGUCAGGGCGCUUGUUGUCUCCCGUCGCUACUGCGACAAAGAUUCAGACCCCAGGAACACUAUACAAAACAUUAUCAAUUACAUCUGCAAGCAUGAUCGCUCAUCCUUAGUCUUUGAUAGCAUUCAUGACAUCCGGACAGAUGGAUGGCAUGGAUGGGGUGGCCAGACAUGGACAGCCCACUGGACAGAGACGAUGAAAACGAAAGUAAAGUGCUCCCUGCAGCUCCUCAAUCGGGCUGCAGGUGAUCACAUAGAAAAGCUCGUCUUCGUCGAGCGUCCCUGAAAUUAGAGAUAUACAAGUCCU